CUUCUUAUAUUUCUAAGACGUCGUUCUUAGCUGCUACAAUCAAGGAAAUAAUAUUUUAAAAUCGUACCGCGAAAAAAGGACAUUUGGAUUGUGAAAAUCUUCUUGGAACGCAUGUUAAGGUGGUGUUUGGCUCCGUGGAAUUGACUUAUUGCCUCUAGAUUGAGCCCAUGAUGAUUUCUUAACAAGAACCAUAUCAUGAGUUAGGGUUGAAACUUCGAGGAAGGAUAUACCAAACGUAUUCAAUCAAACGAAAUUGAAAAAUAAGCGUCACAUCUCGCUGCUGUUAUAACUUUCUCCUCAAAAUAUUUUAUGAUGGGGAAAAUUCUAAAAGGCGGACACUGGAAAGUAAACAAGGCACAAUUGAAAACAUGGCUACCCACUGCAUAUUAUUACUUUUUCUAUGGCGCACUGGGAUCUCUUUUCCCGUUUCUGAACUUGUACUACCGAGCUGUUGGAAUGGACCCAUGGCAAAUCGGAAUCCUCGGAGGAAUUCGGCCCCUCAUCGCCUUACUCUGUGCUCCAAUAUGGAGCUUUGUGUCCAAUAAGUAUAAGAUAAGAAAAAUUAUACUUGUUUUCUCGCUGGUGAGCUGGAUUGCUUUCACUGUUCCACUCUUGCUUGUGCCACAUUCGUUUGCAAGUGAUCAGUGUCCCAAUCAAGGAAAUAACACCAGUUCGGAGCUUAGCCUUACAGAUGAAGAUUCCUUGACAGAUCUUGAAAAGAGAGAGCUAAAGAAUAUUUCGCUUGUAAACUAUCGACUAGUUUCGUUUGAGGAACCUAACGAUCUGCCAGAACACGAACAAAACGGUCGCAAUUUCCAAGGACAAAGGUUACAUGGAAGGGCAUCCAAAAGAGACGUUGGACAUACUUACGUGAAAAGUAGAUCCUCAUCAAGCCAUUUACGAUUUGCUGCUUUAAAAAGGUCAUUUGUCAAUAGUUUUAGUUUACCGGGAAUGAAAUUGGAAGUUGUGACGAGCAACAACGCAGCAAAAAGUCAACGAAAACCAUUUGAUUUUAAAUCACGAGGUGCGCCAUACUACAACAAGAGAAAGAACCCUUAUUCUGAUACAAUAUUCACCGAGUUGCUGUUUAUUGUAUUCGCCAGUGAAAUCUUUCAGUCGCCAACAGAUGAUCUCAACACUCAUUUUGACGGAACUUUCUUGGAACACUUGGGGGUCCUAUAUCAAAAUGUUAUUAACAACAAUAUCUACAGUUCUAUUGGUAUUGGACUCAUAGCUUUUGCUACAGGUUUAACGCUCCGUUUCGCACCUAAAAUAACAAUCUGUGACGUCGAAUACGCCAAUUACCAUAUCGCCUUCAUAAUCUUCUCACUGCUCAUGGCCGUAGCCCUAGUGAUCUCAAUCAAAUUUGAUUUCACAUACAGAAGGCGCCGUCGCAGCUUCGAAAUAAAAGAAUCACUGGGGCAAUUGAUACCAGUGGGCAACGUCAUGUUUUUAUUCAUAGUACUUAUCAUGGGUAUUCUCCGGGGGGUCCUGUUCAACUUUGUUUACUGGAAUAUCGUGGAUAUAGGUGGCUCAGAUCUCGUGGUAGGUUUGACGGUGGUCAGUCAGUAUCUCUCCGACACCAUUAUGUCCCUGUCAGCUCCGAUACUGAUGAUGUACAUGGGGUAUAUCGGAAUGGUUUACCUCGGCCUUGCCUCGUAUGCCCUACGAUUUCUGAUCUACUCGUGGCUGAGCACCCCAUAUUCCGCGUGGGUUACCCCACCGGUUGAGCUUCUGCAAGGAAUCUCCCAUUCCACUGCCUGGUCAGCAUUUCUCUUGUACAUCACCAACUACACUCCGAGAUCUACCUUUCCCACAGGGUUAUUUCUACUCCAGGGUUUGUAUCUAGGGGUAGGAGGAAGCCUCGGAGGGAUAAUUGGUGGGAUCUUAAUCCAGGGUUAUGACACCAAUGUAACCUUCCGUCUGUUUGGUCUUGUCAGUGUAUUGACGUGCCUGUUGUUCGUGAUGAUUCAGCCGUCAUCAGAGUACGAGACUCUUCCAUCUGAAGCAGACACCAUACCCUUCCUCACAGAUGAGGAUGAUUAUUCCAGCUACAGUGAAGAUGAAAUUUUCGAUUUCAGCCAACGUGGAAUUGUUUACAUCCCAUCAAAAAACACUACUGGGGGAUCGCUGCAAGUAAAGAAAAUGGUUUUGCCGUCAUACAGUUCUCCUUUAGUGCCAAUUUGUAUGUCACUAGCCAAGAAAGAGGUGAAAUAAUGAGAGGUGAAAUAAUGAGAGAUGAAGCGGAGUUUCUGAGACCUGAACUUGACCAGUUGUCACUGAUUAUUCUAUUAAACAACUUCCUUUUAUUUUCAAUAUCAGUUGUAAGGGAAAUGGUGCAAGUUGCUCAUUGCCUUUGAACCAAGGUGAUGUAACUAAGGUCAAUAAAAGUAUCAAAUAAGCGAUCAGAAUAUUAAAGGUAAACUUCAAGGGGGACACUCUUCGUGGCUAAUAUAAUAAUAAAAGUCUUUAUUAUCCGGAAGAAACGUACGUGUGAAUUGUUUCUCUUACCUUAAUGUUAGUCCUGUGACUUGCUACUCUUACUCUUCUUCACGGUUUAAAAUUAUUGAUUGAUGAAAUCUUGACACAUUGCAUUCUGCUAAAAAUUGUCGGCCGGCCGGUGCCAAUAAUCGAAGUUGAGACUCUUGCCUGGUCCGUCUCGGAAUUCCUGGUCUGUCUCGGAAUUCCUCCCAGAUGGCUAUCAAGCCAGUUGGGAGCUGGUCACAUUGUGAGUUCGUAAUAUACCCGUAGAUGGUGACAUCAUCACUUGUAUUCUUCACCAUCUACGGGUACAUUACGAACUCACAAUGUGACCAGCUCCAGUUGGCUUGAUAGCUCAGUUGGAAGAGCACUGCACCGUGUCGCAGAGGGCAUGGGUUCGAAUCCCGUUCAAGCCUGGAAUUUUUUCAGGCCUUAAUUUCACAACUGAAACAAAUUGUGUGUACAACUGUGGCGAUCUUUCAUGUCUUCAUAUCUUUCUCUGCAGUUCAAACAUGUGAUCUUUCAUAUAUUCACUUGUAUUGUAUCUGUAUAUGGACCAAAAGGCUAAAUAUAGCUUUGCAUCAGGACAUCCUUGUUAGGUAUACGUAUACCCAGAUUGUCAAGAAUAUCUUACAAGGAAUUUCCGUUCUAUUUGAG